GCGUUGUUAUGGAGCCUUGCGCCGGUAUGGCAACUUGUUGCCAGGAUGCCAAAUUCAAACGAUUUUGGGUUUAGUCGAUAAGAAGAAUUGGAGAAAGGUGAAAGUGAAAGCACCCAUUGUCAACCAAAUCAUUGAAAAUGUCGAAAGCUUCUGGAUCUGAGGAUGAGCCGCUGGUGCCCGAAGACUUCGAUGAUGACUUCUUUAGGGAACUCAGCGAGAAGAUGCCCGAAGCAACAAAGGCGCUGCGUCAAAAGGAUACGCCGAACAAUGCGGACAAUGUGCAGCGUCUGCUCAUCUGUGGCACUCGCUACAAGAAUGAUCUGCGCAUGGAGGAGAGUCGCUCGCAGGAGCUGCGCGAACAGAUCACCGAACUGGAGGCACGACUCGAAAAUGCCGCACAUCUCAGCAAACUGGACAUGGCGACAAUCGAGCAGCUGCGUGGUGUUAUAGAGGGCGCCUGGAAGCAGAAGGAUGCUGCUCAAAUACGCGAGCAGUCGGCUCAGGACGAGGUGCUGAGUCUGCGCCAAAAAUUGGAUGCAGCCGAGGAAAUGGUGGCAUUUCUAAAUGAAAAAGGUCGCGCCAUGAGCAACAAGCGGGAGGACAGCAAGGAGUGCGAAAGACUCCAAGGCGAAAUCAAAGAAUUGAACAAACGCCUCCAGAUGCAACGCACCUACUCCGCCGAGGUGGAGACCACCAUCCAGGCACUGGAGGGCAAAAACAAGGAGCUGCUCAAGCUGCUCGAUGAAACUUCCAGCGAUGCCUGUAAUUUGAAACGGAAGUGCGACGCGCUAACCAAAGAGCUGAGCGCGAUGAAGAGCGAGGAGACAAAGUAUCUGGAGCAAAUAGCGCACAUCAAGGCGGUCAACGAGCACCUGACCAAGGUGAAAGUGCGUCAGAAUCUGCAGAUACUCUCACUGAAGACGAAUAUGGAGCAUUUGAAUACGCUGCACAACAGCACCUGCAAUAAGCUGGCCAAGAUUACAGUGGAUCUGGAGUACACCGUGCAGGAGCGGGAUAAAAACAGGCGUGCACUAAAUCAGAAAAUAACGCUGCUCAAGAUGCGCGAGGAUGAGCUCAUCAAGCAGCGUCAGGAUAACGCCAAACUGGCCAAAUCUCAGGAAACUAUCGCACGCAGAUAUGGCGGCCUGGAGAUGUCCAAGCAGGAGGUGGAGCAAGAGAACAUGCGACUCAAAACGCAGAUGAGCACACAGGAUAAGGAGCUGGAGUCCAUGCGGCGAGUGGUGCAUCAUUUCGAGAAGAACAACGAGAAUCUGACCAAGGAACGGGAUGUGCUCAAGCGGGAAGUGAAGGGAGAACAUCAGAGCGCCGAGCAGAGCAGCGCCCUGUUCCAGGAGUCGCAGCAUGAGGUGCGCGCUCUGAAGGACACAGUCAGCAGCAUGGAUCUCAAAAUGAAGAAACUGCAGGAGGAUCUGAAGAAGCAGAAGAAGGAGAAGACGAAAAAGCUCGACGAGAUUCAGCAGUGGAUUGACAAAGUCGAUUUGCUGCAAAAUGAGAUUCACCUCAAGGAGAACUAUGUGAUUGAGCUGAAGCGAACCAUAAGCGAUCUGGAAGCGAAGUGCUCCAAGUUUCUGCAUCAGCAUGAGACACUAACCAAUGAGCGACAAGGUCUGCAGCGUUCGUUGCAAACCUUGGACGAGGAACGCCAAAAGCUGCGAGAUGUGGUUGGCAAUCUGCAGGCGCAGAUCGAGGCGCUCAAGAGCAAGAUUACGUAUCGCGAUGGGGAGCUGAGCAAGCUGCAGCUGCAACUCGAUCGCAUGGAGAAAGAGCGUCGUCUGCUGCGCAACGAUGUGCGCCACGCCCAGUUGGGGCAGCAGCACACCAAGGCGGAGCUGCUGGACAAGCGGAAGGAGAACGAUCGGCAUGCCAAGUCGCUGCAGGAGGACGAGCAGCGAUUGGGUCGUCUGCGCAAGGAUGUCGACAACCUGAUGAACGAGAAGAACUCGAUCAGUGCGGCGCUGACCAAGCGCAAUGACGAAUAUGCUCGACUCCAGCACACGCUGGAGAAUCUGCAGACCGUUCACGAUCAGACGGAGCGCCAGUGCACCCAGUGCCAGGACGAUAUGCGUCUGAUGGGCGUCGAGAUCAAGAAUUUGCGCACCGAACGGAAUGUUCUGCGCGCCGAUCGUGAGAGUGCCGCCGACUUGCGGCAGGAACUGCUGCAAAUGCAGCGACUGCUCAACCAGGAGCGGAUCAAGGCGCGUGCACUGCAGGACGAAAUGAUGACGCCGAUGAAUGUGCAUCGCUGGCGUCUGCUGCGCGGCAAGGAUCCCGAGAAAAUGGAUCUGCUCGAACGCAUACACAUCCUGCGCAAACAGCUGCUCGGCCAGAACGUGGCUGCUUUGGAACAGGAGCGUGCCCUGACUGAGGCCCAACAACUCUAUGCGGCACUCAAGGAGUUUAUGCUAAAGCUACCCAGCCACAAGGUGCAGGCGGAGCUCAACACGGUGAAGGCCAGCCUAUCCGCCAAGGAUCGCAAACUGAAGGUGCUCCUGGCCGAGCUGAGUGCGCACGAGUUUGGCGAGAAGUCGAAUGCGAGGCAGCUGGAGGAGUUGCGCGGCAAUCUGGCGCAGACGAAGACACAGCUGCUGGAGGAGAAGAGGCGCAAGCAGAAGCUGCUCGAGGAGCGUCAGAUGCUGGAGCAGAUGCAGGCACAUUGCUACUCGGCUCCGGCGCAGCUACCACGAACAUUGGGAGCUGGCUUCAAGGUCAUCAGCUCAUUGCUUUAG